AUGGCAGAAUCCAGGGGCGCAGGCGCCCGUCUGCGGCGAACAUUCCAUUACCCCACGGACGACGAUUCAGCAGAUUCGCAACCCGAAGCCAUGGACGAAGAAGAGCAGGAGCAGCUCAUUCAGCAACUAGCGGACGACAACGCCGCUCGCAACGCCCAGUUCCGCACCUUUCUCCUCGCCCUGCCAGUCCUCACGACAAUCCCGUACCUCAUCUCGCUAUUGCGCCUGACGUCCAUGAUGGCCUCCCUCCUCUCCAUUACCUCCCUCUUGUCGACGGCUUACCUCCUACACACCCAGGCGCCGGGGGAGACGGGCAUCACCUUCAUUGACGCCUGGUCUAGGCCCAAGACGCCGCACACAAGCCCCUCCUCCUCGCUCGAGUCCUCCGUCUCCUCGGUCUCCGGGAGCUCCUACCAGUAUCAGCCCGGCCCUUCGACCACCACGCGUCGGCGCAGACGGAGCUCCUUCUCUUUCACCGAGCAGCACAAGUCCCCUCUGGAGCAGUACCUCCCGUACCUCAACUUGGGCCUCUGCGCGAUGCUAGUUCUAACGGGUAUGGUGACCAAGUCCGGCGAGAGGGAUACCUUCGGGCACGUCGGGCUGGGAAACUUACCUGCCAUUGUGUACAUAGUCAUUAUCCUCGCAAAGGUGGUCAUGGCCAGCGUCGACCCUGAAAAGGAAUUAAGUGCGCUCAAGUAUGGUUACAAGGGCGCCUGA